GUCCAAUUCUAGGCGGUGCUCUCCCAUUUUCCCUGCCAGUAUGAAUCUCUUUCUCUUCUUUUUUCAUAUCAAAAACUGGAUCUUUUACCUCUUAAUUUCUCCCUUAUUGAUUUCUUCUUCGAAAUCUAGGGUUUAUCAUCACCUUCUGUAGGAGUACUUGGUUUUUCUUUCUUUGAGAAUUCAUCAUUCAAAAUCGCAGAAAUCGGGAGUUUAAGCACAAUAUUUCAGCUUUCGUAUUUGAGAAGGUACCUGAAUUUGGAACUGGGUACUACUAGUUCCACCACUGGUUAUAGAAAUUUACGACUCGUUUGAGUAAAACCAGUACAGUUCCAAAAUUUUAGCCCUGCGCCUACUUUUCUUUCUCCCAAAAACAACAAUGGCGAGCAGUCUUAGCCGCAGAAUUGUAUCAAUGGUGAAGAUCACACCCUCUACAACCCCGAGUCACUGGACAGAAUCGUUGACUCGUAUGGUACCAAACUUAGUUUCAGGUUUGAGUUUUUCAACGACCAAAGAUGAAUCCAAACCCAAAGAAAAUGAUGCAAUUAAUAACACUACACCAGUAGAAGAAGAGAUAGUAAAUGUCGACAACGAUGAAGAAGACGAUGAUGGAGAAUAUGUGAACAAAGAAACCGGUGAGAUCGGCGGGCCUAAAGAUGAUAAUGUACUUGUUGGGUGUAUCAGUUUGAGCUUCUUGAAUGUCUCUGAAACAACUCGUUUUAUGGUGAAAAUCCCACUUGAGAUGAAGCAGCCAUAGAAGGAGAGAAGGAAGAGGAGGGGGAAACUAACCAUGGUUAGGUCAAAUUCGAGAUUUAACGGCAACUUAACGGAAAAAUGAUUAAUAGUGUCACGGUUGUAAUUAGCAUAUAGUUGGGGGUACCAUUGAAAUUAACUGGGGUACCAUUGAUAUAUUGCUAUAGUACUGGGGUACCAUUGAUAAUAUCCCUUUCUUUUAUGCUCUUGAUUAUACAUACUACUAGCUAUUUACCCGUGUUAUGCAUGUGAUUAUAAAACUAUUUUAUAAAAAAAUAUAAUAUUAAUUUAGACAUUGUUGUUAAAUUAAUACAAAUGUUAACUUAAA